AGUUCCACAAUAAGCACUUCACUUAACAACGUCACUGUGUGGUUGUGCAGAACGGUGGAGUUGACCAGGUUUGGAAUCUGGGUUUUCGUUAAGGUGGAGUUCAUCUUCAUAUGAAACAGGUGGUAUGGAGAGACAUGGCGGGCACAUGUAGAGGGACAAAUGUUGGAUAUUUACGAAUCGGUGGCGUUUGUGAAGAACUUGUACCCUUGAUUUUACGCAACUUCAAACUGGAUUCAAUUUGUUUGUGAGCUAGAAUUCGAACUUUUAAAAGCCCUUUACUCAACUUCAAAUUGGAUUAAAUAGGGUUGUAAGCUGAAACUCGAACUUGGAACCUUUACUCAACUUCAAACUGGAUUCAAUUUGGUUGUGAGGGGUGAUCUGAGUAGUUUCGGUCAUGUUAAUACAAUAGUGACGGUCGUGAGAUAUUAUCAUCUUGGAAGAUUCAGGAGUCCUCCAUAUGAAGACUUCAAGGGAUUGCGAGCUUCAAUGGAUAAAUGCGACUUUAAGAGGAUUGUUGAGGAUCUUGUGUUUUAGUUACAGGUCAUAACCGCAAUAAGCAAUCAACAUUGUAAUGUUUCGAGUUAAUUGAUUUGACAUUAUCAAAUUGUGUCUAAUAUCUGGUAUACAUAGCCCAUUUUAGGAAGGAGUAAUCAAAAUGCAAGAUGCUUAAGAGUUGUACACAUUUGUAUAUGUCAUCUGUACAGGCGGCUUCAUCGAGGAGUUGUUGUUUAUACAUGCAUACAGGAUGGGAUGGAUUUUACGAUGUUUCACAAGGCGUUCAUUGAUCAAUGGAGACUGUUGUCGGAGCUAUUUUCUUCAAGGAUCUAGCGCAUACAGAACAUUUUCUAAAUAUACCACGGACGGAUUAAACUAAAGUUGACAGCCAACCGUAACGUUUUAAUUGAUCGACACUUACUUCCUCGUGUAAUUGGCACGCAUAAAACGGUGUACUUGCCACUGCAAGACGUGUUGCGAAGGAAACCAACAGUAAAUCAUAGUGCAUUGCAGGCAAAUGAGAAAACCAGUGCACAUCGCCCAGUAUUGAUGAUUCGUGCGUGCAUAAUGAAUGAUUUCAAGAUUACAGGGCAGCGCACCUGUCGUUAAUUAGCCUUCAUUAAAUAUACAGAACUAUAAGGCCGUGACACUUUCUCCAUCAGGUAAGCUGACGAUAUGGCUGCACUGACAUAAAUAUCCUUGUACGUGACAUCGGGAUAAACAAUGAUGAACCUCGAGAUUCCGUCCGGGCUGGGGGACAUGCUGAAGGAUUUCACUGUUGCAGUUCUCCGUGAGAAACCCAGCGACCUCAACGACUACGCCGUGGAAUACUUCACCCGGGCGAGAGAUAUAAGUAAACCGAAAACAGUUCCUAUGUACAUCAUCGUCGAUGAUGACGAAGCUGGCGAGCCGGAUCUAAAGCCGAAAACUAAUAAAAACAAAUACGCCCGACGGAAUUCAGUAUCUGCAGAAAGGUAUGACCCGGAAGCUGAUGAUGAUGAAAAGGAAAAGGUCGUUUACCCCAAAUCUCCAGAACAGAGGAAUCGUCUUAAAGAAGCCCUGGGGGGAAUCCUGAUAUUUCGUAGCUUGGAUUCCGACCAAAUCAAUGACGUUAUUGAUGCCAUGUUUGAGAAGAACGUUACAGAUGGCGAAGUUGUUAUCAAACAGGGCGAUGACGGUGACAACUUUUACGUCAUCGAUUCAGGCACGUAUGACGUCAUUGUCGACACAAACGGAGACGAAAAGAAGGUGUUUGAAUUCGACAACAAAGGAAGCUUCGGAGAAUUAGCCCUUAUGUACAACAUGCCCAGGUCGGCGACGAUACGUGCUUCGGAAGACGGAGUACUAUGGGCCAUGGACCGGUCGUCAUUUCAACGUAUCAUACUGAAAGCUGCGUUCAAGAAACGCAAGCUUUACGAACGGCUUCUGGAACAUGUUCCUAUGCUGCAGUCGAUUGACCAAUAUGAGCGAAUGAACCUUGCUGACGCACUGCUCACUAAGAUCUUUGCUGACGGAGACGUCAUCAUAAGCCAAGGGGACGAGGCAGAUGGGAUGUACUUUAUUGAAGAUGGCUCGGUGUAUAUCUCCAUCAACAAAGAUGCCGGCCAUGUUGAACGUGUUGGAAGUCUUUGUGAAGGGAAAUAUUUUGGAGAACUGGCCUUGAUCGAGAAUAAGCCAAGGUCAGCUAACGUUGUGGCCGACGGUAAGGUGAAGGCUGCGUUUUUAGAACGUGAAUCCUUUGAGAGACUUCUUGGGCCAUGUUUAGAUAUCAUGAAACGGAACUCGGAGAUUUACAAGAAAUAUGCGGGAAAGAAAUGAUGAAGGACAGAAAGUGUCUGUGUGGCAAUUUGUAUGAAUGAACCAGGUGCAACUUUUGGUUUUGCCUCGCAUGCGGAUUUCAGGAAAUAUGAGGACUUCAAUAUAUGUUGAGGAGAUAAAC